UUUGGGGGUAUAUAUGGUGCAUUCCGUCGCCUUGGAGAGAUUCGAACAUUAGGGAUGCUCAGAUCUCGUUUUGAAUCAUUGCCUGGUGCAUUUAAUGCCUGUCUAAUUCCAAAUGAGAAGAGUGAGCCAAAGAAGAAAGGACUGAGGACCACAUUGUCCCGCGACUACGCAGAGAUCCCUCCCAACAAAGAGAAAGAGGCUGCAAGAUUUGCUCAGUUAUGGAACAAAAUAAUCAGUAGUUUUAGAGAGGAAGAUCUUAUAGACAAUAGGGAAAUGAAUUUGUUGCUUGUACCAUAUUGGGCUGACCGUGAUUUGGAACUUAUACAGUGGCCACCAUUUUUACUUGCUAGCAAGAUCCCAAUAGCAUUGGACAUGGCAAAGGACAGUAACGGAAAGGAUCGAGAGCUAAAGAAGAGGAUUGAGGCUGACAAUUACAUGUCCUGUGCUGUCCGUGAGUGCUAUGCUUCAUUCAGAAACAUUAUCAGGUUCUUGGUUCAGGGGAACCGUGAGAAAGAAGUUAUAGAAUUCAUAUUUUCUGAGGUUGACAAACAUAUAAGAGAUGGAGAUCUGAUUCGUGAGUACAAGAUGAGUGCUCUUCCCAGCCUCUAUAACCAUUUUGUCAAGCUGAUAGAAUAUUUGCUAGAUAAUAAAGCAGAUGAUAGGGAUCAAGUUGUAAUUCUUUUCCAGGACAUGCUGGAAGUUGUUACAAGAGAUAUAAUGAUGGAGGAUCAUAUAUCCAGUUUGUGCUGUAGUGUUUUAACUCCAUACUACACAGAGGAAGUUCUCUUUUCGUUGCACGAUUUGGAAGAGCAAAAUGAAGAUGGUGUUUCUAUUCUCUUUUACUUGCAAAAGAUCUUUCCAGAUGAGUGGAAAAAUUUUCUUGAGCGUGUAAGCUGCAAAACAGAAGAAGAAAUUAAAGGUGAUGAGGAACUAGAAGAAGAACUUCGUCUCUGGGCAUCCUAUAGGGGACAAACUUUGACUAGAACUGUUAGAGGUAUGAUGUACUAUCGGAAAGCUCUGGAGCUUCAAGCUUUUCUUGACAUGGCCAAACAUGAAGAUUUGAUGGAAGGUUAUAAGGCCAUAGAAUUAAAUACAGAAGACAACUCCAAGGGGGAAAGAUCAUUAUGGGCGCAGUGUCAAGCCGUAGCUGACAUGAAGUUCACCUAUGUGGUAUCAUGCCAGCAGUAUGGUAUUCAUAAACGAUCUGGUGAUCCUCGUGCCCAGGAUAUAUUGGGGCUUAUGACUGCAUACCCAUCUCUCCGUGUUGCUUACAUAGAUGAGGUUGAAGAACCGAACAAAGACAAGUCCAAGAAGAUAAACCAGAAGGUUUAUUACUCUGCUUUGGUUAAGGCAGCACCAAAGUCCAUCGAUUCUUCAGAGCCUGUGCAAAACCUGGACCAGGUCAUUUAUCGGAUAAAACUUCCAGGACCUGCUAUUUUGGGUGAGGGAAAGCCUGAAAACCAAAAUCAUGCAAUCAUUUUCUCUCGUGGGGAAGGUUUGCAAACAAUAGAUAUGAACCAGGAUAAUUACAUGGAAGAAGCCUUGAAAAUGAGGAAUUUACUUCAAGAAUUUCUUAAAAAGCAUGAUGGUGUUAGGUACCCUACCAUUCUUGGACUCAGAGAGCACAUAUUUACAGGAUCUGUUUCUUCUCUUGCAUGGUUCAUGUCAAAUCAGGAAACCAGUUUUGUGACUAUUGGUCAGAGAUUGUUGGCCAACCCGUUAAA